AUGUUAUUUAAUGAGAAAAAAUAUGAUCACGAUUUGUUUGUUGUUGUCAAUAAAAAUGAAAUUUUUAUUGAUUUUACAAAGAGUAAUUAUCGAUCAUCAUCAGAUCCAUCACUUUUAGAAUAUUAUAUUAUUGAAAAGCAAUACUUGAUUCAAAUUCAAAUUCAUUUUCGAUCAAAUAUAUCUGAAUAUUUCACUACAUCGAAAUGUAAAAUUUCAACCAUUAUUCAUCAUUUUAUUGAUGAGAAACAACUUGAAUCUUUAUCAUCAGAUAGAAUUCUUUGUUUCUUUGAUGAAUUUGGCAAAUGCAUUGAUGAUGGAAUCAUCAAUGAUCUUUGUAAAACACAUCAUAAAACAGUAUCAAUUUUCGUAACAGAAGAAAUAUCAAAUGUUAACAUUUUAUAUGAACUUGCUUUACAUUACAAUGAAGAUCAAAAUCAAAUGAUGAGUUUAUUUUAUUCAACAACAAAAUGGCAACAAAUUAAUCUUUGGCUAAAAACUCUUUUACAUCUAAUUGAUCCUUCUGUUGAUGAUUAUAUGUUUUUAAUCCGAGAAAAGAAAACAAUUCUUGAUAAUGAUCAAAGUAUUUUAUCAACAUUCGAUCAAACAGAAUCAAUGAUAAUCGAUAUUAUUAAUCGAAAUAUUGUAACUAAAGUUCAGUUUACAUUUGAAACAAAUAAUUACUCUAUUUAUGCUUUAAAAUCAACGAAAAUUUCUUCUUUAUUAAAUAAUGAAAAUAUUUUCAAAUACUUAAAUUUAACUGAUCUAUCUUUUGAUGAUUGUCUUCUUGUCGUGAAAGGAAACAAUGAACAUAUAUUAACAAAAGAAGAUCUUCAAAAAUCUAUAGAUACUUAUUCAAUUACUGAAAAUGAACCAAUUCAUUUUCAAAUAAUGACCUUAGUACAAAUAACAAAAUAUGACGAUGAAGAACAAAUAAAAGUUCCUUUAUUAAAUAGAAAUAUAACUAUUGAAGAAUUAUUACAUUCAACAGAAAAAUCAAUGGAUGUUUAUAAAUAUUUAGCUACGAAUGAUACAAAACGAAUUCUUGAUUCUAAUGAAAAACUUUCAAAUUUAAAUAAAACGAAAUUUAUUCUUGUUAAAGAAAAUGAAACGUGUCUUGUAUUGAUUAAGAAAUCGAAUGAUUCACAACCUAUUCGUGUUACUGAAGAAGAAAAUGAGAAACACCAACGAUUUGUUGUUAGUGCUACGAUUGCUGAUGUUAAUAAAGAAAAUCAACAAGAUAUUUUACAUCAAUAUCUUUUGUAUUCAAAUGAUAUUGUUCCAUCAACUGACAUCCAAUUAAUAACAUUUCAAUCAGAAUCAUUAAUUCAAUUUAUUGCCAUUGAUCAAAAUUUACCAAUUACUGUUACUAUAAAAAAUACUGAAGCAAAUAAGUCAAUUCAAUUCAAUUGUAGACUUUCGAUGACAAUAAAGCGUCUCUGUGAAAUUGCAUGUCAACUAUUCUGCUUGAAAAGAGAGUAUUAUUGUUUAAUUAUGAAUGAAACUACGUUGGAUGAUGAUGAUGAUGUCUGUUUAGAAGAUAUUGAUGAAAAUAUGACUGAAGUUCAAUUUAAAAUAAUUUCUAAAGCAUCUAUACAUUGCUCUAUCAUGUAUGAUAAUCAAACGGUUAUAUUACCAUGCCAUAAAGAUACAAUAAUAAUGAUCAUCGUUAAAGAAACAAUGGAGAAAUUACACAUAUCAGAAGAUAAUAUAAACAUGUAUGAGUUGAUAGCAUUGGAUGAUGAUCAAACACAAAUUGAUUUUGACUUAUCCGUUGAUGAUAUUCUCGGAUCGUUUUCCACUGGUUCAACCACAAUAUCAUUUGAAUUAAAGAAAAAAAAUAUAUGA